AUGGACAAACGCCCGCCGAAAAAACAGCCCAAAAAGCAAGUAGAACAGGGCACCACGGUGUCCGACAUGUUCGCGGCAUCCCGCGCCCUGAGAUCCACUCCUCAAGAUGGCGGAUGGCUUGAACAGCAGGUGGAGUCCACGGUUGUGGCCCACAACACUGCUACAUCCUAUAUCAACAAGCUGUCCUCGAGGCUAACGAUGGCGGAGACCACCCUAGAUGAAAUAGGGAAUAGAUCCCGAAGGAAUAAUAUUCGGCUGCGGGGCCUACCUGAAAGGGAAGGAGAGGGUUCCCUGAUGGAGGUAGUAACCGCAAUUCUAAAACCACUCAUACCGGAGGUGCCAGAACAACAAUGGCACAUUGAAAGGGCCCAUAGGGCACUCCGCCAAAAGCGGGCAGAAGAUAAACGCCCGAGAGAUAUUAUAAUUAAAUUUCUCUAUUUCCAGACAAAGGAGGCCCUAAUGAAACGCAGCCGGGAGGGCACGAUUAAAUAUGGAGAAGUGGAACUCGCCUUAUACCAGGAUUUAACGCCGGCGACCCUCCAGAAGCAGCGAUCAUGGCGUCCGGUGACGGAGAUUCUGCAGAAGCAUAGGGUGAGGUACGCAUGGGGCUUCCCCUUUCGACUCCUGACAUUCCAUGAAGGGCGCACCAAGACUCUAAACACCGAUGGCGAUCCAGGAGAGUUUCUACGGAGCCUGGGGAUCUAG